AUGACAAAAUCAAACUAUAGAUACAUAGAUCACCCUUCUGAUGUUGUCAUUGAGGCCAGUGGCAAAACGCUUAACGAAGCACUGGCCCAUGCUGCAACUGCCAUGUUUAAUUAUAUGUGUGACCUUGAAAGCAUUGAUGGUAAUUUAUAUAGGGAAAUUUUCAUAGAUAAAUUGGAAGAUCCAAGGGAACUAUUAUAUACAUUUAUGGACGAAUGUUUGUACUUGUAUGGCAGUGAAUAUUUUAUCGCUAAACAUAUAACCGUAAAUACUUUUGGUAAUCAACUUAAAACAUCUUUAAUAGGCGACAUUUUUGAUAAAGAUAAGCACAUUCCAGGAAGGGAGGUCAAGGCUAUCACUAAACAUGGAAUAAGUGUUGAAAUAACAGAUGAAUUGUAUACUUUGAUGAUUCUGGUGGAUAUUUGA